ACCAAAACCAACCUUCCUUUCUUCAUUUUCACUACCUUACAAUGGCAUUUUCUAAUCUCUUCCUACUUCUCCUCAUCCUACCUUCAUUUACCCCACUCAAAGCUCUUCCAGACCCUCCUCCUUCCCAAGAAAAUAUCAAAACCAUGCAAACCUUGAUAGAACAAACUUGCUCCAACAUGGCCCACCCCAAAUCAUGCAUCUCCACCAUUCAGUCGGAAUACAAACACGUAGCCACUCAUCACAACACCCACGCCAUGAUCAUCCAUGCUGCCAUUAAGGCGACGAUGAACGAGCUCCAACGGGCGAUCGAGAUGGUUUCACCAUUCACCUCAUUGUCCUAUAAUCCCCGAGAGACAAUGGCGAUUGGAGAUUGCAAGGAGCUGCUCGACUACUCCAUGGACGAGCUCGGGUGGUCGUUGGCGGAAAUGGAGAAAAUUCGAUCGGGCUCGAGAAGAAAACAAAAUUCAGGCAAUCUCCAAGCAUGGCUGAGUGCAGCGCUGAGUAACCAAGACACGUGCUUGGAAGGAUUUGAAGGGACGGACGGGCGUGUGAGGGAGUACAUUAAGGGAAGCUUAGAACAAGUUACGCAGCUCGUUAGCAAUGUAUUAGAAAUGUUUAAUAGCAUUCAUAGCUUACCUUUAAAACCAGCUAGAAAUGUAAGUAGGAGUAAGAAGAAUCCAUAUUUUCCGACGUGGGUCCCACCUGAAGAAUGGCAACUCGUGGGUAUGGCUCCUAAAGCGAUGCAUGUGGACGUAGUUGUGGCAUUGGAUGGAAGUGGACGGUACAGAUCAAUCAUGGAGGCAGUGAAUCAUGCUCCUGAUCAUAGUCGGAGGAGGUACGUGAUCUACGUGAAGAAGGGGGUGUAUAGAGAGAAUGUGGAGAUGAAGAAGAAGAAGAUGAAUAUAAUGUUAGUAGGAGAUGGGAUGGGGGCGACGGUGGUGACCGGUAGUAGGAAUUUCAUGCAAGGGUGGACAACCUUUCGGACGGCUACUUUUGCUGUUUCAGGCCCGGGAUUCAUAGCAAGGGACAUAACAUUCAGUAACACGGCGGGCCCAGAAAACCAUCAGGCCGUAGCGCUUCGAGUCGACUCAGACAAGUCGGCCUUCUUUCGCUGCAGCAUUGAAGGCCACCAAGAUACCCUCUAUGCCCACUCACUCCGCCAGUUCUACCGUGAAUGCAACAUCUAUGGCACCAUCGAUUUCAUCUUCGGAAAUGGAGCAGCCGUCCUCCAAGAUUGCAAGAUAUUCACAAGAAAACCAUUACCAUAUCAGAAGACCACCAUCACGGCCCAGGGCCGAAAGAACCCGAAUCAAAGCACCGGAUUCUCUAUACAAAACAGCUAUGUGUACGCAUCAUAUCCUACAUACUUAGGUAGGCCAUGGAAACAAUACUCAAGGACGGUUUUCAUGCAGACAUACCUCAAUUACCAGGUUCGGCCCGAAGGGUGGCUGGAAUGGGCUGGAAAUUUCGCUUUGAACACAUUGUAUUAUGGUGAGUACAUGAAUUAUGGACCCGGGUCAGGUCUGGGCCGCCGAGUCAGAUGGCCCGGUUAUCACAUCAUACGGGACGCCUCGCUCGCAAGUUUCUUUACGGUCGGGCGGUUCAUUGAUGGACGGUCAUGGUUGCCGGCCACCGGCAUCUCCUUCACAGUUGGUUUGACCUAAUGAAUCAAAGAUUUAGGGACCGUUUGGGAUACCACCAAAUAAGUUACUUUUUCUACUCAUGGAAGUAGAUAAGUGACU